AUGUCAAGCGAACAGAUAAUGUCUCGUCCAAAACCUCAGUGGCAGUUGCAAGCAUUGGCAGCACAAAAGAGAGACAAUGAGCUUCGACGUACAGAAGAAUUGAAGAGGGUUGCCAGCUACUUUGAAUCCAACACUAAUAAGUCAAAACACCAUGAGCAGUGGACCACUGAGGAUUACUAUGAGCGGGCCAACAAAGAAGCGGAGAUACUAAGGCAAAAGAAAAUGAGGGCUGCCAAAUUGGAAGAGCGACGAAAAAAGUUAGAAAUAAUGUUAUUUCAAGAAAAUAUGCAAUACCAACAGGAGUUGAGAAACUUGGCUGCUCAGCCAAAGUACUAUAAGAAUGGUUCAUACCUCAACAAAGUGCCAACAUCAACCUUGCAAGAGAUCAACCAGGGAAUUAUGGAAAAGGAAGAGCAACUGCGGAAGCAAGAGGCCGAACUGCGUAUCCAUCAUGCCUGGAGACUCAGACAACCAGAACUACGAGCAGCAAACACAUACAUUGCAAAUGGAAAACUCAAAUCUGCAUGGAUGGAACAAAUUGUAGAAAAAGAGUUGCAAAAGAAAAAAGAUGAAGCUGAGACUCGGAAAUGUUUAGAGGAGAGAGAUGAAGCUCUGCGUAAACAAAUUCAGGUAGAAGAAGAGAGACUAAGAGAGAAGGAACUACAGAUGAAGGAACUCCGUGAAAGUCUCGAAGGGCAAAUCGCAGAGUUAAGUGAGAAAGAGAAAAUUGUCAAGAAACUCAGGCAACAAGAGGAAAAAGAGCAACUUCUAUUGUAUGAGCUGCAGUGCAUAGCAGAAGAAAGAGAGAAGGAACAUGCCCGACUGAUGUCUGAGCGAGAGACACUUAUUGUUAACAUGGGACUGCACAAGUAUAAACUAAAGAAAAAAGUAGCAGCUGUGUUGCAAGAGAUAGAAACAGAUUUAGCUAUGCUAGAGAAGGUUCAACAUGCAGUUAUUAAGGAUUAUGCUACUGAACAAGAGAAACGCUCAAGCUACAAGCGAAUUGUCGACGCAGCGCUCCGAGAAGUAGAGGAGUAUAAAGAGAGGGACCGACAGAGACAGAAGAACAUAGAAGCGAUGUACGAUGGUGAAGCGAGACAGAUCAACGAGAAACAAGACAAGCUCUGGGCAAAAGAGCGCGAGGCACGCUCGAUACUGAUGAAAGAAGUAGUGUCGACACUAAGCAAACAGUUGGAGGAGAAAAUAGAAGCGUCCAGACAGAAGCAGAGGGAGAAUGUACUAGAUAGGGAGAGGAUUCUCCAGCAAAUGGAGGAUUUCAAUCACGAAGUGCGCGCGAAGGAGCGCGAAACUCAGUUGAAGAACACGGAAUACUCGACAAUCGCCGCUUUGCAAUCACAGCUGAACGGUCUUAGACUGCAGAAAGAGCGUCUAGAGGAGGCCGUUGAGAGAGAGGAAGUUAUCAGGGAAGCGGUCGACCGCGAGAAGAAAUUGAGGGUUGAGAUUGCCCGUAUGCAAAGGGCGGGCAAUGUGCAAGCAUGGUCG